GCCGGCGCUUGGGACCGACGACCAGACUUGGCAGCACCUCCUCCAACUCGUCGUCUCCUAUUCAACUUGUUUUUUGUAUGAAGAGUGCCGUACACAUCGCGUGCACGACCGAAAUGGUCGCGUGCGAUACGGCUGCGCGGGAUCUUGUGUCAAAAAGCAAAUAGCAACGGCGAUGGCAGGCGCGAUCUCGAUCCUCAAGUCCGCGAGUCUCUUGCUCGUCGGCGCCUUCCUCGCUAGGUACAAGGCCAUUGUGCUCGCUGCAGCCAACGUCGACCCGAUCUUCUUCGUCCCGCUCUUCGUCGUGCUCGUUGUCGUCGGCCUCGUCCAGAGCCUCCCGGUGGCCGUGCACGCGAUGCGAGAUGCGUACAAGCCCGUGCCUCUCCGGCGGUCGGUCGUGCGCCUCGCACCCUACCGCAUCGUGUAGCGCUCCGAUAACGCAAAAUGUAUUUAUUCCGUCCACCAUCACAUUGGCUCAUGUCGAUGUGAACGCUGUCGUUUCAGCAUUUCGUCAGAGUGGACUUGUGUCCUAUCGAAGUGCAAAUAUAAACUUAUCGUAAUACAUAUAUUUGUUUGACGACA